AUGGCUUCGCACUCUACCAUCAAAGUCAUUUAUAAGGAAUUUGAGGACCUGAAGGAGAUCGAUGAGAACAAAUGGAACAGUGACAUCAUGAGUUACCUCGAUAAAAAACAUGACGAGAUCCAGCUUAGGGGCAUAUGUAACCCCAGAGGACCGUAUAAGGGGUCACUCAUUCAUUUCGCCGCGAUGGGAGAUUGCACCGCGCUUCUUCAAAGCCUGCUGGAUGCCGGUGCUCCCGUUGAAGAUCUUGAUCAAAAUAAACGAACACCUCUCUCUUGGGCCGCAGAGUAUGGUUCUCUCAAUGCCACCAAAAUUCUGCUGAAGAACGGAGCCAAAAUUAAUUCUCUUGAUGAUAUGUACAAUUCACCCCUCACAUGGCUGAAACAUGCCGGGAGUCCCACAUACAAAGGUCUUGAAGCUACCAGAUUGUACCUCAAAAAGAAUGGCGCAACUACGAAGGGUGCAAAACGCGCAUGGAUGCUUAAUAAAUUGCGACUUCUCUGA